AGUAACUUGGAGUAACGUCCCUCUCCCUCUGUCUUUCUGAUACAGUUUACCGUCUUUUGGAGACACAGCGGGCUGAACUUUGAACUGAAGGCUGAAACCAUGUUUGACUUGAAGAAGAGGAACAGUCUGACUCUGAACUGCGGCCGAGAGGCGGAGGAGUUCAGACGGGUGGCGGUAAGGCGGAGGGUUAAAGGUGCUGCGGUGGAGUGCGUCGCCUCACACACAGUUGUGAGCGGUGAAGUGUGUGGCUCAUACAGCUGCGGCGGUGCUUGUGACAGAGUCUGUGGGUCAGAACCAAACUCCAAACCAGGUGCAGAGGAAGACAACAAAAGAGGCCCUGCUAAAGGAUCACCUUUUAAACCACAAGUGCCUCCUAAACCAGCUCACCUCCAGAGUCCUCUGAGGGCAGGACAAGCACAAGCCCACAGUCCCACUGCAGGGAACUUACUACCUCAACAAGUUAACGCCACAGAGCGAGACCAGAGUCCUAGUAGAAGUUAUGCACUUUCCGUUUCCUGUGUUAGCCCAGCAAACAAUGGUCUAGGCUCCCCUAGUCCUAUCAGAAGAGGAGGGAGCAGUUUUUUGAACGGGGUGUGUGGAGCACAGAUCAGCCCUGCCAGACAUACUCGGGGGAUUCCACGUCUCACUAGCAGUCCACUUCUAGGAUCUCCAAGUCCAGGCAAAAGAGGCAUUCGGAGCUGUAGCCCAUUGAGGGAAGGAGGACACAGCCCUGCUAAGCUGUCCCCUAGGAACCACAGCCCUCGCACAGGAUUACUACGCACCCCCAGUCCUGUUCAGGGGAGGAUGGGGAGCUACAGCCCCGCCAAGAACUCUAAAUCCUGGCUCGGACUGCACAGAAUCCCGAACAGCAAGAUGGAUGUGGAAGAGAAGACAGCGGGAAAAUCUUUGAGCGUGCCUGACUUGAUUGUUUUCUUGGAAGAGAACAGGAUUCCUUCGGAAAAAGUUGAACGCUCACCACUAAAACUGCUGCAAUCCCCCAACUGCAAUGGGACAGCCAUAACCGUCAAGGUGCCAGUUAACCAUAGGCUUAAACAUGCCUCAAGUGAAGCCCAUCUAUCAAGCGAUAGCAAAGAGCCUUCCUCGGGACAAAUGAAUGGCACAGAGCUGGGGAAAGAUUGCACAGCAGUAAAUGGGGAGGUAACACAUGGCAAAAUGGAAGAAGGCAAGAUAACCAGAGGAUACGGCUCCAGGUCCUCCUGCCACUGGAAUGAGGCAACUAGAGAAGGUGGCAGGAUUCACAAGGAGUCUAAAGGUGAACAAAGUGAUGAGGAGAGGAAGGAGGUAGAAGGAGGUCAGCCAAAAGAUGAGGAGAACACCGAGCAGAAAUUGUACAACAUAGCCAAUGAACUGCUGCAGACAGAGAGAGCCUACGUGGCUCGACUCCACCUGCUAGACCAGGUGUUCUGCUCACGCCUGACAGAAGAAGCAGGUCGAGGUUCGUUUCCUCCUGACGUGAUACGAAAUAUCUUCUCCAACAUUUCCUCUAUCUACUCCUUCCACAACCAGUUCCUGCUACCUGACCUGGAAAACUGCAUCAGCCGCUGGUGUGAGAGCCCAGGCCUGGGUACUGUUAUGCUGCAACACGCACCCUUCCUGAGGAUGUAUGCCGACUACGUGAGGAACUUUGAGCAGGCCAUGGAGCUGGUGAGGGUCUGGACUGAACGCUCCUCUGCCUUCAGAAACAUCAUCCAGGAAAUACAGAGUCAGGAGGUGUGUGGCAGCCUGACCCUGCAGCACCACAUGUUGGAACCAGUCCAGAGGGUCCCACGUUAUGAGAUGCUGCUCAGGGAUUACCUGAAGAAACUGCCCAAGGAUGACCCAGAUUAUGAUCUUGCUCACAAAUCCUUGCAGACCAUUUCCAUGGCAGCCACCCACUCAAAUAGCGCCAUCCAAAAAGCUGAGAGCCUGAAGCGUCUGCUGGAGAUCUAUGAGAUGGUUGGAGAGGAGGAGGUGGUCAACCCGACCAACGAGUUCAUCAGGGAAGGUCGUCUGCUCAAGCUUGCAGCCAGGAACACAUCUGCCAUGGAGAGGCACCUGUUCCUGUUCAACAACUUCCUGCUGUGCUGCACUCCAAAGUUUAGCCUGGUCGGGCAGCGUUAUACUGUCCGCUGCAGGAUCGGCGUGGACGGCAUGCAGGUGCAGCAGACCACCAAUGAGGACCACCUACACACCUUUCAGGUCUCUGGAAAGGAGCGGACGCUUGAGCUGCAAACCAGCUCUGAACAAGACAGAGAUGAGUGGAUAAAGGUUAUUCAGGAAGCCAUUAACGUGUUUCAGAGGAAAAAUGAAACCUUCAAAUUGGCUUCUAAGGAGCCAAAUGUAGAAGAACGAACUGAGGAACUGGGCCGACGUGCCCCUCGCUGGAUCAGGGACAACGAGGUGACCGUGUGUAUGAAAUGCGAGGAACCUUUCAACGCACUCACCAGGAGAAGACAUCACUGCAGAGCCUGUGGCUGCGUGGUGUGCUGGAAGUGUUCAGACAAUAAAGUGGCUUUGGAGUACGACAGUAACAGGCUGAACAAAGUGUGUAAAGCCUGCUACUCCAUCCUGACCAGUCAGAGAGGGGAGAGGGUGGAGGGGAAGAAGAGAAGGAUGCUGGAGUCGGAGGUAUCUACAGUGUCCAGUGACUGGAUAAUGAGUGGCUUCCUGCUGUAUGGUGACAACCCCAAGACCUGGCAGCAGGUGUGGUCUGUUAUCACCCGGGCUGAACCUUGCGUCCUCCACCUGUAUACUGAUCCACAGGAUGUGAAGCCCCUGUCCAGUAUACCUCUGCUGGACUGCAGUGUGGAGGAUUCCCCUCAGGAGCUCCAGGGUCAGCAUUGUUUCUGUUUACGCCAAUCCAAAACCACCCACACGUUCUCCUGCGAUGGCUCCGAUCUCAAACAGAGCUGGCUGACAGUUCUCAAAGUUGCUGUGACAGGUGUCUAUGACAUUACCACCAAUGGCUCCAGAUGUAGCGUUAACAGUAGUGUCAUCGAUGAUGAGGAAUUUAUCAUCAUUGGUAACGAGGAAAACCUCUCCUGAACGUUCAAGAUCAGGCACCAUGGAACAUACAAGUAUAAAUAAAUAAUUAAAUAAAUAAACCCAAACAUACAACAGACUGAAGUCCAUUGAUGUUAAAGACGGUAGCUUUGAAAUGUGUAUUUGAUAAAAUGAAUGAAAUCUAGAGGUUAAAUUCAGGAAUGUAAAGGUUGUUAAUAACAAUAUCCAGGCUGUGUUUUCCUUACAAGUGGCGAUGCACUUUAUUUCUGAAAUGGUUUACAGUAAAAUAAAUAAAGUGAAGGUGUUUUAACAUGAGUCAGACUAUCCCUUCAACUACAAACAUUGUUGCUCCAGCUCUGUACACGUGGUCUAAAAGAUGCCAUGCGAUGUGGCGUGAAAAUAUGCUCGAGAUUGUUUUCUUACAGUGGACAGCUGAUCACAUAAUUGCAUGAGGGUUCCAGUGAUACACAAGGCUCUGUGGGACCAUAGUAGCCUUAUAAAACACAUUCAGCUGAUCCCAUUUCUUCACAGAUAAUGUUACAGCAAUUGACUAUUUACACUCAAAACAACAGCUAAACAAACGAAUAAACAUUAUGAAUAAAAAGAAAUACAAUGGAUAAAAACGAUCACUGUAAAACACAAAAAUGACAGAAUAACCUUUAGGUUGUUGCAGGAGUACAUCAUAUGUGACAGGCACAAAGCCCAUGGAGUAAAAAAAAGCACCAGGUUAGCUUCAUGUGUGUGUGAAUCAGAAAUUUCAGUAGCAAAUUAACAAUGCGAUUGACUUUAAGUGAUGUUACUUGAAUUUAAUUUUUCUUUAAGUGCAUGUAUUUUCUUACAGCAAUUAUGUAGUGAUGGUUCCUAAAGGAGGUUCCCCCAAAACACUGACCUUGCACAUGAAUUUCUUAAGUAUACCUGAUCUAUGGAGGUUUGCAGGCUCAACUCUGUCCCAUCAAAGGGGAAAACUUAGCUUAAAGCUGCAUUAUUCACUGUUUUUUUUAUAUUAACUGACUCAAGCUCUGUGAAGCUAGCACUGGUUCCCAACCUGGAGGUCCUGACCCCCACUAGGGGUCAUGAAAGCUUCACAACUUAAAAAAAAACCAAAACAAAACAAAAAAACAGUAGCCCUACAUCUUAUCAUUUCAUUCAGAUAUAGUCAUUUGUAAAGAUUAUAUUGCUAAACGAAAAGUAUAAGUAUCAUAAAUGUGUUCACCACAGAGCUUAUUUUCUGCACUAAUCCAAAAUCUAAUGGAAAAAUCCCAUUAUCUUACUGAUGAGGGAACCAGGGCGACGCUAAGCUCCGCCUCAGCCUAGAGGAAAAAACGCCAUCCCUGAAGCACACUAUAGUGGGCUUAAUGCCGCCGAUUAUUAUGAUUGGUUUAAAAAAUACAAACCAGCCAGAGCUUUUUCCCCUGACUUUUCCCCUUUCUCAGGUCUGGCUAAGUGAGACUAUGCAUUUAUGAAACACACUGUUUUUAGCAUCCAUAAAGUGUUGUUUUUGGCACAAUAUUUCAGUAGAAGUAAAGUGUGCUAUCUAUCCAGCAGCGAGUUAGUAGCUAGCUAACGAAGAAGGUUGAACAGCUAGAAACUAAAAGCCAUUUUUCUUUGGACUUAGUGAAAACCAAAGUAGAACUAAAAGAAACUUCGCAAGAAUGCUCAUAUUUUUUUGUGUUAGCUGGAUGUGUAAUUGGGCCAUUGUUUGCUAACACAUUAGCCAUUAAAUACGUAACAAGCGAGUGAUGUAGUAGCUAUGUGUGUCUUUUUUUUAGUUCCACUGUCUGCUACAAGUCAAAAAUGUGAUUAAUAUGGGAUCACAUCUAAAAGCUUCAUUUUGCAGAGAGGAACCAGACAAGGGUGCCCACUCUCGCCUCUACUGUUUGCAAUAUUCAUCGAACCAUUGGCUAUAGCAGUCCGUCAGAACAGCAAGAUCAUAGGUAUCCAUUCCGCCAAUUCAGAACAUAAAAUUAAUCUAUAUGCCGACGACAUUUUACUUUAUCUACAAGAACCGAAAUUACAUGAAGUAUUUAAUCUCAUAACACAUUUCUCGAAACUUUCGGACUACUCCAUCAACUGGUCCAAAUCGACAAUAAUGCCAAUAACGGAGAACUCUUGGAAUCCUGCAGACCAAAAAUUUUCUCUCCCUGUGGGCAACAUAAGAUAUCUAGGCAUAAAUAUUUCACCCAAACUAUCAGACCUGGUCCACCUGAACUUUAGCCCGCUGCUAGAUAAGAUCUGUGGUGACCUGAAGCGCUGGAAUAAUCUUCCCAUCUCCCUCCUGGGACGAAUAGCCACAGUUAAAAUGAAAAUUCUACCCCAAAUUAACUAUUUUUUUUCCAUGAUUCCAUUCACACCCACAUCAAAAUGGUUCCUGUCAUUAGAUUCUGCAAUUAUAAAAUUCUACUCAAAGAACAAGACAGCAAAAAUUAGCCUAAGCACCCUUCAGAAAAACAAAUUGGAAGGGGGAUUAGACGCUCCUAACUUUAAACAUUACUAUUUAGCUAACCAGCUACAAUACCUAUUGAAAUGGUUAUAUCCUAACGAAGACUACAACUUCUGGCUCGAACUAGAACAGGCGGACUGCAACAAUAUAAAACUCUCUGACCUCCCGUUUAUCACCACUACACUCAGACGUCAUAACUGUUUUAAGAACCCAAUGAUUGCUUCCACCCUAUCAGCCUGGUGGAAAACACUAGAAAUCACAAACUCUCCGAUAGAACCUUGCUUGCUCUCUCCAAUUUGGCACAACCCGGAUUUUGAAAUUAACAAAAGACCUCUCCAUUUUAGCACAUGGGAGAUGAAGGGAGUAACUCAUCUCCAUCACCUUUUCCAAGACAAUAUAAUAUGACAUACACAAACUUAUUUCAAACUUUUGAAAUAAGAAAUGGCAAUUUUCUACAAUAUUUACAAUUGAUAAAAACAAUCAAGAGGAGAAUUCCAGCUCCUCAGGACACUUUGCAGCCACCAGAAUUUGCCAAACAUAUUACAAAGCUUUCUCCGAGCAAUAAGAAGAACCUUUCUAAGAUUUAUAAAUUACUGUCAAAGACCAGUUCUAUACAUUUACCAACUUUAAAAUGGGAAAAAGA